AGUUGUUUGGUGUUAAGCCAGCGUCAGUCGCAUGAAACAAGACAUAAAAAGACACAACUUUUGGCUGUCAAGAAUUUUUCAUUUUCUGAUUUCCUAUCCAAAGCUAACAAGACUUGUUUAUUUCUACACACAGAACAAGAGAAGGAUCCCAAAUUUUGGAAUGUGUGGGCACAGCAGACCCUGAAGAACGCUCUCACGCUCCAAGCUCUCAACACCAACAAAGCAAAGAAUAUCAUCCUCUUCCUUGGAGAUGGGAUGGGCGUUCCCACGGUGACAGCUGCUCGAAUACUGAAGGGUCAGCUGAACGGACAGAGCGGUGAGGAGACGCAGCUGGAGAUGGACAAGUUCCCUUUUGUGUCUUUGGCCAAGACAUACAACACCAACGCUCAGGUGCCAGACAGUGCCGGCACUGCCACAGCAUACCUCUGCGGGGUCAAGGCCAACGAGGGCACGGUGGGUGUGAGUGCAGCUGCUGUCCGAUCCCAGUGUAACACCACAAUGGGCAAUGAGGUCACCUCCAUCCUCAGAUGGGCUAAAGACGCAGGCAAGUCAGUGGGAAUAGUGACGACGACCCGUGUUAACCAUGCAACUCCCAGUGCUGCUUAUGCCCACAGCGUGGACAGAGACUGGUACUCCGAUAAUGAGAUGCCAGCUGAGGCUCUGAGGGACGGCUGCAAGGAUAUCGCCAGACAGCUCUUUGAAAACAUUCCCAACAUUGAUGUGAUCCUUGGCGGAGGGAGGAAAUAUAUGUUCCCCAAAAACACGUCGGAUGUAGAGUACCCCAGCAUCGCGAAGCACAGCGGCACAAGAAAAGACGGGAGAAACCUGGUGCAGGAGUGGACUGACAAAAUGAAGGAUAAAAAAGGCCAUUAUGUAUGGAACAAGAAGCAGCUCUUAUCACUGAACCCUAACAACGUGGAUUACGUAUUGGGUCUGUUUGAACCUGCUGACCUGACAUAUGACUUGGAGAGGAACACUGAGACUGAUCCCUCGCUGACAGAGAUGGUGGAUGUGGCCAUCAAGAUCCUACAGAAGAACCCCAGUGGAUUUUACCUGCUUGUAGAGGGAGGACGUAUUGAUCACGGACACCAUGAAGGCAAGGCCAAGCAGGCUCUGCAUGAAGCUGUCGAAAUGGACAGAGCCAUCGGCCGGGCAGGUCUUCUGACCAGCGCCCACGAUACAAUGACUGUAGUCACUGCUGAUCAUUCUCACGUGUUCAACUUCGGAGGCUACACAGGCAGAGGAAACACAAUAUUUGGUCUGGCUCCAAUGCUGAGUGAUGUUGACCAGAAACCUUUCACCUCCAUCAUAUAUGGGAACGGACCAGGUUACAAAGUCAUUAACGGCGAGAGAGAGAAUAUCACCACUGUUAACUACCAGGAAAACAACUACCAGGCCCAGUCAGCUGUACCUCUGACCAUGGAGACUCAUGGAGGAGAGGAUGUGGCUGUGUUUGCUAAAGGUCCCCUGGCUCACCUGCUACACGGGGUCCAUGAGCAGAACUAUAUCCCCCAUGUGAUGGCGUAUGCGGCCUGCAUCGGCCAGAACAGAGAACACUGUAGGACACGCAGCGGGUCCACCGACUUGCGUCCCGUCCUCUCGAGCAUCGCAGCCCUUUUCACAGUCACUCAGCUCCUGUGCUGACCUUCCCCCGAUAUUCCUCCUCCUGUCAAUAACACCGUUUUAACCACUCACACAUUUUAAGAGUUCAAUUUUUUGUUGUUUUUUAAAUUUUCUAAUUUUAUGUUUUUGAUCAUGGGACCACUAUUGGGGCAUUUUUUGUGUUACAAUGAUUAAUUGACAAAAGCACAAGGAUAUCAGUUUUAAUCUGUUCAGGCAAAUAUGUAAAACACUACAGAAUAAUCGCCCCCGAUGCUCUGAAAUGAAAAGUGGUGGUGCAGAGAUCACCACAAAGUCCGAGAUCUCACAGUUGUGAUUUGUCUAUUGAGUAGUUAGUUUUCAUUCAGGGUUUAAAGACCCACUGAGCCUCUUUGUUAAAUGUAAACCCUUUAGGUUUGAAUAGAUAGAUUGGAUUUAGAAAUGUUGGAAUACGUUUAAUUGUGCAGUUAACGGAAUCUACCUCAUAAACCUGCAAAGAUUUCUCAUGUAAUCAUGGGCACAUUUUGAUGGACAAAACUUAUGCCAAGAUCAGAAGGAACUGAAUGUAUAAUUGACAAAGAAGUAAAAGUUAAAUAAUUCUUGUUAUACACCUUGUGCAAAUGUGCAAAAAACCACUGAAAAAGCCCACCUACCAUUGUUGUGUCUAAUAACAUAAGUUGUAAAACCUCUUAACCAAUAAAAGAAAUGUGUUCUGAUCA